ACCUUCUCAUCUAUCUUGGCGUGUAGGCUGCUACUAGUGAAACGGAUGGUUCACUCAUGCAGGCGAUGGUCAGCUCUUUUUUGGAUAUGGAGCGCAUGAAGCCUGGUUCUUGUGAUUUGUUCAUGACUAGGUUGCUCCAGCGGCUGGCAAGCUCAAAGGAUUCGUCUUUGAAAGAUCUGCAAGACCUGGCUGGUCGCAUCUUUUCAAAGGGAAAGAGUGAAACAGAGAGUACAAGUGCCGAGGCUGAGAGCAAAAAAAAGCAGCAGAGUAAAGAGCUUAAUUCAAAUGCCAAUUUGAGUCCACUAGCGAGGUUCUUGCUUUCAAGAUGGCAAGGACAUGCUUCUCGAGAUCAAAAUGCCUAAACAGUGAGGUUAGAUUAUUGUUUGAAAAUUUUGCCUGUUCCUGAGUUAUUUAUGAUUCUGUGUACAUAUCAUUAUGAGGACCAUCUGUAAUUUUCGUCCUCUGGUUCAUUUUAUUGGGGGUUAACCUAAUGGAAGAAGUGUUUUUCUGCUUUUGCUUUGCAAUUUGUAAUUUAAAGCUUUAUAUUAUGUUAGAAUUUGUCGCUUUUAUUAUCGCUCGAUGUAAUAGUAACAGGCUUUAAAAGUUUAGUGCUAACCUUCUUGUUGCGACAUCUUAGAAGUUGUAUAAAGGACGUUUUGACAUAUUGUUAGUUAACUCGUUGAUUUCA